AUGUCUUCACCCACAAAAAGGUCGACAAGAAGCUCAACGGCUGGCAGCACUCCCCGCCGGUCCACAAGAAAUAACCCAGAUGCUGGCCGAAGCAGCCCCGCGCCAGCGGAAGAGGCUUCAACACAGCGCCCUGCAGAGACGCCUCGCGCAACCCGCCGCUCGCAGCUCGCAUCUAGCCCUCUCUUUUACGAAUCCUCCCCAGCUCAGUCGUCUAGCAGCCGGCGCAAUGCCCCUGCGAAUGGAGAUGUUUCGUCUCCUUUGCGGGGCAUGAGCAGCAGCCAGAACACUGCCGUAGGCCCGCCCCCUAGCUCACCGCUGCGUCAAGAUAUCGAUACUCAGUCUACUGGCGAUGGUGAUAGAACCCCCCGUGCAAGUGGAAUGGCGAGAGAGUCUUCACCCAUUCGAUACGAUCCCAGUUCUAGCCCAGGCCGGUCGGUAAGGCCGCCUCAGUCGGAUUUGCGCAGCGAGAGCAGCAGUCUUUUCGUCUCUGACCGCUCCCGCUCACGAAGAGGCGACAUUCACUCCGAGGGUCUCAGGACACCGCGCCGCCGCAUUGUGCUGGACCCUUCUGGCAGAGUUACCACCGAUGCCCCCGGCUCCGAUGCGCCUUCAUUUAGCAACCCUGACCCCAACACUUCCGAGGCAGACCGUCUUGGUGGAUUGGGCGAAAGCACAAUUUGGGGUACAACGGUGUCGAUUGAUGACACUUUUGCAUCCUUCAAAGAUUUUCUGAGGAAUUUCACAAAGAAAUACCAGAUGUACAGGGAUGGGCUGUCGGAGGCUGAUGUCCAGGCUGCCCCUGACGCCGAGUCCAAGCCGUAUUGGGAGGCUCUCGAGAACAUGCUCCUCCUAGGCACUACCAGACUGUACCUCGACAUUGCCGACCUGAACACCUACCCGCCUACUCGCAAGCUUUGGUACCACAUUCAGGCGUAUCCGCAGGAAAUCAUCCCCAUUAUGGACCAAUCUGUGCACGACUUGAUGGUUGAGUUGGCCAGAGCAGAGGGCUUGAGGCAACGUGCUUCUCAGAGCAGUGCUGGUGACGCCUCCAGGCGCAGCAACACAGCGCCCAGUUCGGAGCCUGCGUUCCCUAGCUCCGAUCACCCUGAUCAACCUUCGGACGCCCCGACUCCUCGUCAGCCUAGUGAUCUUCCUUCCAAGGAGGACGAGGUUGCUCAGAUGAUCUACAUGGUUCGGCCCUUUGGGCUUGACCAAAUUACUAACCUCCGAGAUCUGAACCCCUCGGACAUGGACAGGCUCAUUACCAUCAAGGGCCUUGUCAUUCGAACUACCCCCGUCAUUCCUGACAUGAAGGAUGCUUUUUUCCGAUGCAACGUCUGCAACCACUCCGUCAAUGUCGGUCUUGACCGAGGCAAGAUCCGCGAACCUACCGAGUGCCCCCGACCUCGUUGUGCGUCCAAGAACUCCAUGCAAAUCGUCCACAACCGUUGCUCUUUCGAAGACAAGCAAGUAAUCAAGCUACAGGAGACGCCCGACGCUGUCCCCGCAGGUCAGACGCCACACUCGGUCUCAGUUUGCGUCUAUAACGAACUGGUAGAUUUCUGCAAGGCAGGUGACCGGGUACAGCUCACUGGUAUCUUCCGAGUCAGCCCUGUGCGCGUCAACCCUCGCCAGAGAACUAUCAAGAGCGUGUAUAAGACUUAUGUUGAUGUUCUCCAUGUUCAAAAGGUUGACAAGAAGAGAAUGGGCGUUGAUCCCACUACACUUGGCAUUGAAGGUGACGAGGGUGAAACCGGCGACAACAAUAUCGAGGAGACCCGUAAGAUUACCCCCGAAGAGGAGGACAAAAUCAAGGACACUGCUGCCAGGAGCGACAUUUACGAUCUCCUCUCACGCUCGCUUGCACCUUCGAUCUACGAGAUGGACGACGUCAAGAAGGGAAUCCUUCUGCAGCUCUUUGGAGGCACCAACAAGACUUUCCAAAAGGGUGGAAGCCCUAAGUACAGAGGAGACAUUAACGUUCUGCUAUGUGGUGACCCCUCUACGUCCAAGUCUCAAUUGCUUUCUUACGUCCACAAGAUUGCCCCUCGCGGCGUUUACACCAGCGGCAAAGGUUCGUCUGCCGUCGGUUUGACUGCGUAUGUUACACGAGAUCCCGAGACCCGUCAGCUAGUCCUCGAGUCUGGUGCUCUUGUUCUGUCAGACGGUGGUGUCUGCUGUAUCGACGAGUUUGACAAGAUGUCAGAAGCAACUCGAUCUGUUCUGCACGAAGUCAUGGAGCAGCAGACAGUGUCCGUUGCUAAGGCCGGUAUUAUUACCACUUUGAAUGCUCGGACAAGUAUAUUGGCUUCUGCCAACCCCAUUGGCAGCCGUUACAACCCUGACCUGCCUGUUCCCCAAAACAUCGAUCUUCCCCCCACGCUUCUCUCUCGUUUCGACUUGGUCUACCUCAUUCUUGAUCGUGUGGACGAAAAGAGUGAUUCCCGUCUUGCUCGCCAUCUCCUCUCCUUGUAUCUGGAGGAUAAGCCUGAGUCAGCUCAUACCAAAGAGGACAUUCUCCCCGUUGAGUUCCUGACCUCCUACAUCUCCUAUGCACGCGCCAACAUCCACCCCACCAUCGCCCAAGACGCUGGACAAGAGCUGGUCGAUCAGUAUAUCGAAAUGCGUAAGCUCGGUCAAGAUGUUCGUGCCGCCGAGAAGCGUAUUACCGCCACCACGAGACAGCUCGAGUCGAUGAUUCGCCUCUCCGAAGCUCACGCCAAGAUGCGUCUGUCUGACACCGUCACCCGGGACGAUGUGAAGGAAGCCGCCCGUCUCAUCCGCUCCGCCCUGAAGACUGCCGCCACGGACGCUCAGGGCCGCAUUGACAUGAGUCUGCUGACGGAGGGUACGAGCGCUGCUGACCGCCGCAAGAAGGAGGAAAUCAAGGAUGCUGUUCUCCACCUUCUUGACGAGCUCACCAGCGGCGGCCAGACGGUCAGGUGGAGCGAAGUUGCGAGACGGCUUAGUGAGGCGGCAAGCAUACCCGUCGAACAGGCCGACUUCAAUGAGACGAUGCGUACGUUGGAGAUGGAAGGCCUAAUCAUGAUCAGCGGUGAGGGCGCAAGAAGGAGUGUUAGGAGAGUAACGUCUGUGUAA